AUGUAAGAAUAAAGGGUUUUAUAACAUAUAUUAUGUAAAACGCAUAAAAGUGCAUCUGACAUGCUUAGUGCUAUUUUAAAAAUAAGAAACAAUGCAUUAUCAUAUCCUGAUACAGUACUGGAGUAUGGUUUGAAAUUAGUACGUAACCGUAGAUCAUAAAUAGAAAAGGAAUACUAUAUAGUUAUUGAAGAAUUAUUUCAUGCAGCUUUAUCUUUAUAAAUGAUUACACUAGCUGAUGUAUUUACAUAUAAUUAUUUACAUUAUUUUUUUAAUAAUAGAAAUGUUUUUAAAAACUUUAAUAAUAAUUUUUAGAAUCUCCAAAAAUAAGUCUUUUUUAAUCUUUACUUACUUAAGCUGCAGCAAACAAUGACAAUUUAACUACAAUAUUAAAUCAAAAUUUAUCUGCAAAUUUAUCUGAUUAUGAUUCUAAAAAAAGAAAAAUAGCAAUAUAAAGAGUAUACAUUUUUUAUUAUUGUAAAAAAAUUAAUUUUUUUAGUUAGAAGAAAAUUACGGUAGUUUUGUAUAAGAAAUGAAUAAAUAUUUAGAAGAAAAUCCAAAUGAUGGAGAAGCUUGGUUAGAAUUGGGCGAUUUUUAUUUAGAAUAAUUAAGGUUUUUUUAAAAAUAAAAUAAAAAUAAUAUAUAUUUUUUUGAAAAUUAGUUAUAAUAAAGCUUUAUAUUGUUAUGAGGAAGUUUUAAUUUUAUAUCCAAAGAGAUAUAUUUAUAUGAUGAGAAUUGCCGAGAUUUAUUAUACUUUAGGAGGAUAGUAAAACCUUUUAAAUGCAAGAAAUUAUUAUUCCUUUGUAUUAAAUAAAAUGUAAAAUAACUAUAGAUGUCUAUGGGGAUUAAUUCAGACUUGUUAAAAACUUAAAUAAAUUGAUAAUAAAGAUGAAAAAAAUAAUUAAUUACAUUAAGU